GCCAUGAGCAUGGACAAGCAGAACAAGCAGGUGCUGGAGCACCCCGGAUCUCUGUCCCCAUCCAAAGGCCACCAGAAACCCCCAAGAAUGCCCAAGUGCUCCCGCUGUAGGAACCACGGCUACGUGUCUCCUCUGAAAGGCCACAAGCACUUCUGCAACUGGAGGGACUGCCAGUGUCCCAAAUGUAAACUGAUAGCUGAAAGGCAGAGAGUCAUGGCUGCCCAGGUUGCCCUGAGGCGGCAGCAGGCUCAGGAAGAGGAGCUUGGGAUUUGUAGUCCGGUGGCUCUGUCCGGUCCCGAGGUGAUGGUGAAGAAUGAAGCUGCAGCAGAUUGCUUGUUCUCUGAGGAGGGAGGAGCUCCUUCACCAACGCCUUGUCUUGCUGUCACAGGCAGCCGCUCAGCUUUGUCUCCCAGCCCGUCAGCUGGUGCCGGGGCUCACAGUGAGGGAUCGUCAGACCUGCUGCUGGAGACUUCCUAUUACAACUUCUACCAGCCGUCACACUACCCAGCCUACUACGGCAACCUGUACAACUACCAGCAAUACCAGUCCUUCUCACCCAGCAGCACCACUACAGGUCACGACUCCUCCAUGACCUGCAGGUCCCUCAUGGUUAACUCGAAUGUCAACGAGUGCGAUGCCGGCGGCAAGACGCCAAAAUUCUCCGUGGGCUCCAUCAUCGAUGGUGACACCACCAAAUAA